AUGGCUGACGCUGCCGCAGCCAAGUUCGAAAGGAUGGUGGUGGGGCUUACCCAUCAACAGAUCAUCAAACACAUCGAUGUCUUGAACGCGACGCUCCUCGUCUAUGAUAUUCUACUCAAUCUCUCUCUCGAAAUUGAGCACAUUUGGAGGAGACAAUGGUCUUACUUGACUGUUUUGUACAUCCUUCAACGCUACACUCCCCUUUUCGACACCGCCGCGGUGACCCUUCAACACCACUUUGCGUUGAAUCUGAGCCCUCAGUACUGCGAUUUGAAUCACAAGAUCGCGUCGUGGUCUUAUGUCGUCGGCAUUGUGCUCUCCGAAACCAUUCUAGCGCUCCGUGUCUGGGCCGUCUGGAAGAGGAGCAUCCCGGUCGGGAUAGGACUGAGUGUAUGGUUCUUGGGUUGUUGGAUUCCUUGCUUUGUUUUCUUAGGGAAAUUCCUGGGCGCCAUGGAGUUUGCAAUUGCACCGUUCACGAAAUUUCGCGGGUGCUUCAUUUCCGGUGGAAGCAACAUUCUAUAUGUUUGUUGGGUGUUACUGAUGAUUUAUGACGCUGGUACAUUGGUGAUGAUUCUCAUUCCUGGAGUAGGAGCAUUUCGGAGGGGUGGAAGAUCGGAGCUCGUCAGAACUGUAUACCGAGACGGUGUCAUUUACUACGCGUUAAUCUUCUUAAUGUCGACGCUUAAUGUGAUCAUCGUUCUCACUCUUCCGCCCGAUCUUGUCUAUCUUUUAUCCACAUUCGAGCGAGUGUUACACUCCCUCCUCACAAGUCGCGCCGUCCUCCACAUUCGUCAAAUAGCCCUACACUCCACUUACCCGGAAACAACCCCCUCACAUGAAUUGAGCACGGAUGUCUGUUUUACUUCUAUGAUGAACAGAGAUCCGAGUUAUGGGAUAGUAAUCAAGUAA